AUGGAAUUUCGCCGGUUGCAUCCAUUGCUGCGCCUUGCAUCCCGUCCUCAUUUGGGUUCUUGCAGGCGGGCCAGCGUCUAUGAUGACGAAAUGGAUCAAAUAACAAGACCUGACUGGCAUGUUGUUAUGAAUGGAAAGUAUAAUAAGGGCCUUGCGUUCACCAUUAAGGAACGGCAACGUCUGGGCAUCAUGGGAUUGAUGCCCUGCUCCGUGCGCUCAAUGGAUGACCAGAUGAAUGCCGCCCUGACGAAUUUUGAGGCCAGACCCACCGAUAUCGCCCGAUUUACAUACUUGAGCGCUGUCCACCAUCGACACCGGCGACUGUACUACCGGUUUAUCAAGGAGAACAUCGAGAAAUCGCUACCCAUUGUUUAUACACCAACGGUGGGCGAUGUGGUGGCCACCUAUGGACUGAACUUCCAGCAGGCCAUCAGCCUGUUCAUCAGCAUUCACGACAAGGGCCACAUCCGGGAUCUCAUGCACAACUGGGUGGACGAGGGCGUUAAGGCCAUCUGUGUGACGGAUGGCGGAAGGGUCCUGGGUCUCGGGGACAUGGGUGCCAAUGCGAUGGGCAUUAGUUUGGGCAAAAUGAUCCUGUAUACGGCUUUGGGAAGCAUUCCGCCGAGCACACUAAUGCCCGUUUGCCUGGACGUGGGUACCGAUAAUCAGGCCCUACUGCAGGAUCCCCUUUAUGUUGGAUCACGAAUACCGCGAGUUACGGGACCGGAGUACGAUGAACUGGUGGAUGAAUUUAUGGAGUCGGCGGUUAAAUGCUUCGGAAACAACACAUUUAUCCACUUUGAGGACUUUGCAACUCCAAAUGCCUUGAGGUUCUUGGAAAAAUACCAGUACAAGUACUGUUGCUUCAACGAUGAUAUCCAGGGAACGGGAGCCACUGGUCUGGCCGCGUUCAUCAAUGUGGAACGCAUCACUGGCCGUAAAUUGGAGGACACCGUAUUCCUCUUCGUGGGAGCUGGGAGUGCGGCAUUGGGUAUCGCCAAUAUGCUGGAAAUGGAACUGGAGGUACGCGGUAUUCCUGCCGAGGAGGCAACCAAAAACAUCUACCUAAUGGAUGUCAAUGGUAUUUUGACCCCGGAGUCACCUAAUCCACCGGAGAUGGGUAAAAUAUUUAUAAAGCCCAUGGAGCCCAUGAAGGAUAUUAUGACCGUGCUGGAGAAACUUAAGCCAUCCGUACUUGUUGGAGCCACUGGCGUGGGUGGAAUUUUCAACGAAGAAGUACUGAAAACCAUGGCAAAAAAUCACGAACGUCCUGCAGUUUUUCCGCUCUCGAAUCCAACUGCCAACUCGGAAUGCACCGCCGAACAGGCCUUCACACACACUGAGGGUCGCGUGCUCUUCGGCUCCGGAUCGCCCUUUCCACCAGUGGUCAUCAAUGGCAAAAGAUAUCGCCCCGCCCAGGCCAACAACUGUCUGACUUUUCCGGGCAUCGCAUUGGCCGCCAUUACGGCCAAGGCGCGAUAUCUGCCAAACGAAGUAUUUUCCGUAGUGUCGCACGAGCUGGCCAGGAAUACACCUCAGGAACUGCUCGACGAGGGCACUCUGUUUCCGCCCAUCAGGGAUGCAAACAGAGUGGCCUUCAAUGUGGGCGUUGCCAUGACUCAGUAUCUAAUUGAUAAUGAUCUUUCAAAUAUUUACCCAAAGCCCGAUGAUGUCUGUGAGUUUGUCAAGAGAAGUCUGUAUAGUUUCGAUUACAGAAACUCCCUGCCAACUACUUGGGAUUAUCCCGAGGAACCGCCAGCGCCGAAACCCAAACCCAAACCCAAAUCGAAGCCGAAGGAAUAAAGCACGAAGUGAACUUGGCCGGGAUUCAUUUUUAUCAAACACUUUUGACCUGAUUCUCAGCCGAGAAAGGAGCCCUGCGUGUAAUUAGUUGCAGAUGCAAGCGUACAAAGACCUACAUACACAAAGACAUAUACAAGCUGGCACGAUAAAUGCCCGACAUUUUAACGUUAUUAUUGUCCUGUCAACGGGAAGCCAGUUGACAUGCUCGUGCGCCUGUGUGUGUGUUUGUGUAUCCAGCUGAUUUGCAUAUAAAAUAGGACGAAAUGUCUGCUCACCAAAAAUGUCAAUCAAUUUCUUAGCCUCCUUUGCGCUCCUUUUA